AAAUAUUUUGUUGGAUAAAUAGUUACAGUAGAACCUAAUGCAUGUAUAUAAUAUAUACUCAGGCUAGGUUAAAAUUAGUUAGGUCUGUUUUCAUUAGGUUAAGUUAGGUUUAGUCAUGUUAAGGUUAAGUUAGAUUAGUCAUGUUAAGUUAAAAUUGAGUUACGAUUACUAUUACGACAAACAGUGUUAUGUUGUAUGUGUUUUUUGAAUUUUUAAUCGUUAUUGAAGUUAUAUCGCACAGAUAAAUAUUUUUUUAGAGUACGAGUUUUAAAAUACGAGUUUUCGUUCGUUCUGCGCAAGUUGAAUGUGAUUGGUUUGUAAACAGGAGUAACGCGCAUACGCUGCAGAGUUGCACAGCGCGUUAAACGUGUAUAUCUAGUGAUCAAAAAGUUUUAUUGCAUUCAAUAUUAUACUUCUACUUCCCAAUACUUUUCGAAACCCUUGCUGGAUCGUUUACUGUUUCCAAAGUACAAGAUAUAAAAUUUUUUUAAACGUCCUAUUUUUGCUAAAAGCUGAAGAAACUUAUGCUUAAUCUGAUAUUUAAAUUAUACUAAUUUUUAAGAAGAUGGGUUUACCAGUUAAAGUAUAAGUGAGAAGCAAAUGUUAUAUUCAUAUACUUAUUAAAUACUACGAUUUAUCCACCAUGUAUAUAACCUUAGAAUAUGAACACGAAUCAAAAGUAGGGGAAACGAGAGUGGUGAGGGACCUUUUUAGCGAAGUUGAGAUGCGCGAAAUAAAUUUUUUUGUUGAACAACAAAUAUAUACAACACACCUACUAUGAACAAUUGGACAUUGUUGGAUAUUUAUUUACAUUUAAAAUAUGUGUUGUAAGUCUGUGAAAUAUAUUGUGUAUAUAUAUCAUAUUUGAAAUAUUUAUUUAACUUAUCAAUAUUAAGUUCAGUAUGUAUUAUAUGGCUAACAAAAUAAGGUUACUUCUGUUAACCACCAGUUGCAUAGGUGUUUUAUCAGUACUGUAUGUGCAAAUCACAAAUGCUAAUGAUCUUACUUCUAUACAAGAAUUAUUUUUUGUCAUAUUAUUUUUCAUUCCAAUACUUAUUAUUAUAAACGUUUUACUAAAAUAUUGUGUAUGCAUGAACAUACAUACAGAUACUUAUAACGCAAAUCUUAAACACAAUGUAUUAGUAUUCAUUUUUAAGGUUGAAUUAAUAAUCUUCAUAAUAUCGACUGCUGCUAAUUAUGCAAAUCUAUAUAAUACCAUAUCAAAAUUUGAAACACUAUCAUGUAUAAUUGGCAUGUUGAUUUCAUGGACAUUAGAACAAAUGAUCAGUUUAAAUGAUCAAAAUAAGGAAAGUGUCUUGAACAUUGAUUCACUGCGUGGCUUAGAUUAUGGAACUGCUAUGGCAUACAGUUAUUUUUAUGGAUACUUGAAGAUUAUACUUCCUACAACAGGUUCUCUUAACAAGGGAAUAAUUGAGAAGUUAGAGAACGUAGAAGAUAAUCAUAACAUACAUAUAGCCACACAUAAAUUGUUAAUUUUAAUUCCUGCAUCAUCGUAUAUUCCACCAGACCUUAAGGAAGUUUCAUUUCAAUGGAUUGAAAGUGCAAUUGAACUUGAGCCUGAAAUACGUGAUCGGGCAGGAGUUAAAAGACGGUCAUAUCAUAAUAACAUAUACAAAAUUUAUCCAAAUGGUGAUAGAUCGAAUUCUAUACCUGUAUACGUUGUAGCAGAAGGUGCUACACCUUUAUUAACGUAUUUUGAAGUUCAAAAACAUACUCAUCCAGAGACAAAUACUUAUUGGAAAUAUAGAAGAGAUGUUAUAAGAAAUUUUUAUAACAAGUUAAAUGAGUUGAUAAGUAAUGAUCCAGAAUGUAUGGAUCUUUGUGAACUGAUUUAUUACAAUGACUAUGAUAGUAAUGGAAGAAAAGUUAAUGUUGCUGAAGUUAUUCUUGAUAGAUUAAACAAAAAUCAAGAAAAUAUGCAUAAUACAAACAGGAGUUUGUAAGUUAUGUGUUAAGAUUUUAUAUAGUUUAUUCUAUUUUGUAAAUUAUUUUUUUCUAAAUAAAAGUAUUAAGAAGUUA